AUGUCAUUGUUAAAUUACGUAAUAGCUAAGAAAUUUACAUCAUUUUCUCAUAUUUUAGAAUCUAUAAAAGCCAUUAACUUUUGUUUGGCAUUAUAUCUACUUUGCAGUGUGAACUUUUUUUGCCUUUCAGUAAUAACGAAAAUGCCUGUAAACCACCGUUUUUUAACUACACAAAACCGUGCACGUGCUAAGAUUUCAGUUCACGAUCCAUUAUCAUUAACUGGCAGGUUUAGACAUGCUAUUCGUACCUUACGACCUGAAACAAUUCCAAUGGUGGUGGUUGUUAGUGCAGGUCUUGGCGGUGGUGCUAUCGCAAUGAUACACAAAUUGUGGACAGAUCCACAAUUGAGAAAGUUUCCUGCUUUUGAGCAUAAGAAAUAA